CACAAUAAGAAUAGAUUUUAACAAAGUAAUCCUUGACUUUUGGGCUGUCAAAGCUUUCCCACUCUCACCCUCUGCCAUUUUCUAGUAUUCCUUCGAAUCACACGUGUAUCCGUAUUUUCCCUAACAAAAACCUUUAGGACGCUGCAAAAUUUCCAAGUGCUAUUAGAAUAAUAAAAAAAAAACAAGUUAAGAUUAAGAUCCGCGACCAUGUCAUACCAGAUCAAAUCCACGCCCUACUUCCGGCGCAUGUUCAACAACAGCAAGAGAAACGGCCAGCUGCAGCGUCUGCGGGAGGAGUACGAACGCAUCCAGGAGUUCAAUGAUCGCACCAUCGAGCUCAAGAUGCGCCAGGUGAGGCUGAAGCGGCUCUUCCGGGAAAUCGAGGAGAUCAAGGAGGGCGGCGGCUCCUCCUCAGUGGCUGCUAGCGCUGGCGGUGGUGGAGGCAGCUCCCCCUCCCCGUCUUCGGUCAGCCGCAGUGCACACCGGCACCAUCAUCAUCAUCAUCAUCUGCAACUUGCCGGCAUUACUCCAGAGCAACGGCGUCACCAUCAGCGUGCCGAAGCCCUGAUCCGUUCACGUGAACUGGGCAAGGAGCUGUCGCGCCGGAAUGCCCAGAUGAUCGAGGCCGGUGUUGGGGGAUCUCAGCGCUCCAAGCUGCGCGGGGUGGCCGAUAUCCGGCGGGAGGCCCAGGAUCGGCGAGAGCGGGCAGCCAAGCGGAUAUCGUAUGGCAACGAUCAGUCGCGUCAGAAUCUGCAGCGCCAGCUGAAGGUUUGCCAGCGACGGCUAACGGCCAAGUGUCAGCCACAUCAGAGUCCAGAUGCAAGACCCAACCUCUUCCGUCCGGAUUAUAGCAACCUAACCCCCAACCAGCUGGACAUGCUGGUGGACGAGGAGCAGCUGGCAGCGGAACAGCAGCGCCACUUUAGGGAGCAGGAAGAGGACGAACUGCAGCUGGCUGAAGAGCAUUACAGGCGGCAGGAGAAUUACCUGCGGCUGGGGGCAGCCGUUGACUUCUCCUUGUCCUCCGAGGAGGAGGAAAAUGGUCAGGAGGAGCUGCGUUUCCUUCGUGGCGAGAAGACCUUGUCGCAGCCGGAGGAUGAGGAAGACGAAGAGGUUAAUGAGCGGCGACUUGAGCACAAGCCACACACACAGGAGCACUUCUUGGGGGAUCACAAGGACAAGCUGCCGCUGGCGGAGGAGCACUACGGUUGGGAGGCCGCUUACUUUGACGAGGGGUGGCAAGAGAAUCACGUGGAGAACGGGGACGAGGACAAGGCUACUCAGCAGAUGGACAAGAAGGAGGAGGAGGAGCAGCGGCACCGGCAACAGCGCGAAAAGACUUUGCUUCUGCCACUGGGUCGCUUCUCGCCCAGCUCCAUCGCCAUCGAAACAGCUCUACAUCAGCAUCAGCCAGUUUUAGGAGCAGGAGCUUUAUCCUCUGAGCAGGAAAUGCUUACCGCCCCUUUGGCCCCUGAAGAACUGACAACAUCCACUCGUUCCCUGACCUUCCGAAGUGUUUCCAAAGCAGAUGGCAUGCCUGCUCUCAAUAACUGGCGUCGCGUGUCCCUGAUGCUGCCCUGGUUCAAGAUCUAUUCCUCAAGCAAGUCCGCCUCGGACUACCAGGAUCUUCAGAAGAUUAAGCAGUGAUGCCAGUUGUAACCGUAGAAGCCACCAAAUUCCUCGUCUAUUUAGUUUUUUUUUUGUAAAUAAAUUUGAUAGUAGAGUGAAAUAUACAAUUUCAGUUGA